AUGUCGUCCUUCGGCGUGCGAUUGCUCGCCCCCACGGGCAAGGAGCAACCCGUGGUGCUGAGGGUGACAAUUGAUGGAAUAUCCUUCCACCACGAGAGCGGCAAGGCGAUCCAGCAGAUCCCAUAUGCGUCCAUCAUCAAGUGGGUGCCCAGCAGCCUGCGAUCGCGCGACCCCGGCAGCGCAGACUGCUUGGACAUUCAGGUCGAGACCACGGCGGGCCGGCGCGACCUGCGGAUGCGAUGCGCCUCCGAGGACGCCGUCGGCGACGUCAUCACAUGCAUACGCGGCACCGUGCAGGUGCGCCGGCGCUAG